GCAGGCUGAGCCUUUGCACAGCCUCUCGGGGUCCAGGCUGCUUCCCCAUCACGCCUGCCCAGUUGCCCCAGUGACUGUGUGACCCUUCUUCCCCGCCCCGCACUGCCCCCUGCCCUAUAAAUAGAGGCGAGGAGCAGCUGGGCGCUCUUGGCAGUCACCAUGAGGGUGCUGGUCCUGCUCUGCUGCUUUGUGGCGUCGCUCCUGCUUCCAGGACAAACAGAACUGCAAGUUUCUGCUUCGGGUGGCACAGAAGAUGUUGGCAAUUUGUUGGAGAAUCAUUUCUCUGCUGGAGAUGCAAGUCUAGAGGAGAAGGAAAGGGCGCUUUAUGCAGAGGCGGCCCCUCCAGAGAAGAACCCGCUCCUUCACUCCCCAGAUGGCAGGGAGGCUGAGAGCUCAGAGAAGACCUGUGCUGGGGCCCCCGCCACCGGCCUGGGCUCUGACCCUGAAGCCAGUCUCUCAAAUGCCUCAGAGUCAGCUGCCCCUGGAGACUCUGCAGGGCCUGGGCAGGAAGAAGUGGGCCCACCAGGAGCCAGUGCACUCCCCCGAGGAGUGGCCGGGGGUGCUGGGGAGGAGGGGGUGCCAGAGCUCGGUGUGGGUGAGGGCCCAGGACAGGAGGAUUCUGGGCUUGGGCCCCCUAUAAAGGGAGCUGCCAGUGAGGAGUCAGGACAGGCCGGGAGUGAUGUGGUCCCUGAGGAAGCUGAGGAGGUCGCCGAGGACAGCCCUGAGCAGGGAGCAGCGGCAGGGACCCCAGAGACUGAGGCGGAGGGGCCCUCUCCCAGCGAGCAGGCUGAGGAGGCCCGAGCCCCGGAGACAGGAGUGGGGCGCAGCCCAGGGCCUGAUCGGGAGCCAGAAGGACUGGCUGGAGUCUUGGGUGAGACAGGGGAGGAGCCUGAGGACCAGGGGGCACCCCAUCCCAGCCCAGCCUCAGAGGCCAGUGCAGAGACCGGGGGUGCGCAGGGCUCCGAGGUGGGGGGCAGCCCGGAGGACCAGCCCCCAGGAAUGCUGGAGGAGGAGGAGGGCUCCCCCUCCUCUGAAGAGGAGAGUGGUGACCACAGCGAAGAAGAAGGAGGAGGGGUUCCGUCCCAAGAAGAAUCCGAAGAGGACAGCGGUGACGGGGCUAGUUCAGAAGAGGCAGGGGACACCUCCGAGGAGGCGGAGGAGUCCCAGGAAGCAGCAGGACCCACGAGCCCUGGGGCUGAGGGGGCCCAGCCAGACGUGGAGGAGUCCAAUACAAGGCCUGAGGGGGCCGAGGCCCAGGAUGUGGAGGCAGAGGAGCCCCAGCGGGGCAUUCUGGAGGAGGCGGAGGAUGGGAGUGAAGAAGCCCCAGCGAGGGACCGCUCCCACAUCGAGAAAACUCUGAUGCUCAAUGAGGACAAGCCAGGCGAUGAUUACUCUGUGGUGCUGCAGAGGCUUCGAAAGAUCUACCACUCAUCCAUCAAGCCCCUGGAGCAGUCUUACAAAUACAACGAGCUACGGCAGCAUGAGAUCACAGAUGGGGAAAUCACAUCCAAGCCAAUGGUGCUGUUCCUGGGACCGUGGAGCGUUGGCAAGUCCACCAUGAUAAACUACCUCCUUGGGUUGGAAGACACUCGCUACCAGCUAUACACAGGUGCCGAGCCCACCACCUCUGAGUUCACUGUCCUCAUGCACGGGCCCAAGCUGAAGACCAUCGAGGGCAUUGUCAUGGCUGCUGACAGUGCCCGGUCCUUCUCUCCCCUCGAGAAGUUUGGCCAGAAUUUCCUGGAGAAGCUGAUUGGCAUCGAGGUUCCCCACAAACUUCUGGAGCGGGUCACUUUUGUGGAUACGCCAGGCAUCAUUGAGAACCGCAAGCAGCAAGAAAGAGGUUAUCCCUUCAACGACGUGUGCCAGUGGUUCAUCGACAGAGCCGACCUCAUCUUUGUCGUCUUUGACCCAACCAAGCUGGAUGUGGGUCUGGAGCUGGAGAUGCUCUUCCGCCAGCUGAAGGGUCGCGAAUCCCAGAUAAGGAUCAUCCUGAACAAGGCCGACAACCUGGCCACACAGAUGCUCAUGCGGGUCUACGGGGCCCUCUUCUGGAGCCUGGCCCCGCUCAUCAACGUCACAGAGCCCCCUCGGGUUUAUGUCAGCUCCUUCUGGCCACAAGACUACAAGCCUGAUACCCACCGGGACCUGUUUCUCAAGGAGGAGAUUUCCCUCCUGGAAGACCUGAACCAGGUGAUUGAGAACAGGCUGGAGAACAAGAUCGCCUUCAUCCGCCAGCACGCCAUCCGGGUCCGCAUUCAUGCCCUCCUGGUCGACCGCUACCUGCAGACGUACAAGGACAAAAUGACCUUCUUCAGUGAUGGAGAACUCGUUUUUAAGGACAUUGUGGAAGAUCCCGACAAAUUCUACAUCUUCAAGACCAUCCUGGCAAAGACCAAUGUCAGUAAAUUUGACCUUCCCAACCGUGAGGCCUACAAGGACUUCUUUGGCAUCAACCCCAUUUCCAGUUUCAAGCUACUGUCUCAGCAGUGCUCCUACAUGGGAGGCUGCUUUCUGGAGAAGAUCGAGCGGGCCAUUACCCAGGAGCUCCCCAGCCUCCUGGGGAGCCUUGGGCUAGGGAAGAACCCAGGUGCUCUCAACUGUGACAAAACAGGGUGUGGCGAAACCCCCAAGAAUCGCUACAGGAAACACUAGGUUGCCGCAUGGCCCUCCUUGUUUUCCUAGUGGCGAAUGAGCUUGUGUCCUGUCUGGGAAGUCCUGGUUUAUUAACCCUUCGAGCCACUGGCAAGAGUCAUUAUGCACUGGAGACUGGGAGUUAACUGAGGCCAGUCGUGGGGGGAGGUGCGGGUCACAGGAGGGCGGAAACUGUGAAUUAUAGUGUGCUUGUCCUCUUGUAGCUUCAGUGAGGGGCCUGACUGACGCAAGUCAGGCCACACCUGCUUUUCCUGGGUCCUGUCUCGGAGGGACCGAGAGCAGCUAAGGUCUGGCAUGUACUGAAUUCAUAGGUGUCCAUAAGCUCAGAGUGGCUGAAAUUCCUUUCCCCCUCUAGGUGGGAAAACAGUUGAGUUCUGUAGGGCUGCUCAGGCCCACCGUGACCUCCGUCCUCUGUGCCCCAGUCCUCAGCUGCCUCCUAGCCCUGGGCUGACUUCAACAAGGACAGUCUCUUGGGUCGGAAUCAACCUGGGUUUUGAGGGGACCCCCAGGCCCUCUUCCCUGUUUCCUCAGGGGGUGGGAGGAUGCUUGAGGAUCCGGAAUACUCGGAGAGAACAAGAGCUCCCGGGCUAGGAGACGGGCCUGCCUCCCCCAUGCCAUUUUUCAGACAGUCUUCUAAGCCAGCGGGGAAGCUUGGUCCCUCUGUUGGCCCCAAGGAGGGCAAGGGUUCCAUGUAUCUAGGUAACUUCCUGGAAGUGCCUUCGUGGGAGUCCUGGGCGGGCUCAGAGGGUUCAUUGGUUUGCCGUGUGUCUUUGUCUAUUGCAUGUCUUGGAAAACUCAGCCCCCAAAGCUAUUGGGUUUCAGAGGGGACAAUGGAAACCUUGCUCCUUUCAUCAGGGACUUCUCUGGGCGGCCAUCCCUCCCAGAUUUAAGAGGACGCUGUUUCCAAAUCCUCCCAGUGGAGACUCUUGGCAGGAGAGUUGUUCCUCCCUGGUUUUGGUCAUCAAGGCUGCUUCUCUCCCUUCUGCUCCAUUCCCUGAUGUGCCAAUACACCGGACUCGGAGGAACCUCCCAGGGGUCAGAACCGGCACCAGCCGCUCGGUGUCGGAGGCAACCACGGCUGCACCUUCUGUUCCCCCUGCACUUGAUGCCAGUCCCCACUGAGUGCACCUGGGGAAAGCCAGGCCUUUAAAUACCGGAAUGUGAGGGUGUGUGGUUCAUGCUGUCCACGAGAGAGUUAGGCGACGACAGGCCAGAGGGCAUGGAGGGGGAGCUUGUUCUGAGGCCCUGCCUGGCUGGUGUGCCACCUUGGAGGGCAGCAGAGGACAGGGAAUGCAGGGAAGAGCCUUCUGACAAAAAGUGGGCAGACAGUCUGGGCAAGUCCAGGAGGCCUGGCCAAGGGCUGCCCAGAGGGGCUCCUUCUGCCUGGUGAGCCAGCCUCUCCUAGGUGCGUGCUGUCCCCAGGAGGCUCCACCGUGAGGCACGGGUCAGAUGCACCAGGAAGCAUCCUGGGCCAGAGGGAGACGCAGUCUGCCGGUUAGGCCGUGGAAGCCGACUGGCGAUCGGAUUCGGUCCACCUGGAGAUCAGCCCUUUUAGAAUUCCGGUUUCUCAGGAUGGCUAGUGCUCUAAUGCAUUCUGUAACUAGGGCUGCUGCCUUUGGUUUUGUGGAAGACCUGGAACCUUCCACAAGAAAACCGGAGAUCCCAAAGCCUCCAGGACAUUGUUUUGAAGGAUGGAGCCACCCAGAGAAGAAAAACCGUCUGUUAGGAGCGCCCGAGGAGCCCGGGGACCAAGGCCCGAUGAGCUGCUGUUCUUCUCGUUCAGAUCCAGCCUUUGCCUUGGCUCUCCACCAUUUACCCUCUCAAGUCUGCCCUCGCCCCUUGCCCCUUAAUGCCUACCAGCUACUCCUGGCAUGUCUGUGUCCCUCAGUGCGGCAGGGGACUGUAUGGGCAUUGUCAUAGCUGCUGAUGUCACCACUGCUUUGGGGGAAGAGGGUGGAAUGUGGGUAAUACAUUCAUACAAUAUUUUUAUUUUCAGGGAGGUGACAUUAUCAGUGUGAUUAUUUUCCCCCCUUUUCUUUUUUGUACCCAUUUUCCUUUUCUAACUCCUUCUGUUUCCUGGCUCACCCCUUGACUUGCCUUUCCUCUAACUGCAGCAGGCUUGUUAGUGAACAGGCUCUGCUUUAAGUGCUGUUUUGUGCCCCACUCUGCGGAGGAGGAUUCUGAGGCAGAAUUCUGACUCUGGGUGGGGGGUAUGGACUGGGGGAAAUUUAGGAUCCAAAGAUCCCCCAAGAGGAGUAUCUGUAAAUACUUAAUGCCUGAACAGUUGCUGUUUCUCACCAAAGCAGAACCUUUCCAGUGUCCUUUCCGUUCUGAUUUCAUCAGGGAGAAAGCCAAUAAAGUUCCAAACUCUCUUUAA